AUGAUUAUUGAUAUUAUCUUUGAAAGAUUCACUUGUGUCUCUGCCCCGGCAGCGCUGGCCUUACUGGUCAGCUCUACCGCAGCAUUAUGGCUGAUGACAUUACUCUACUCCUAUUACUUUCAUCCAUAUGCCGACAUCCCAGGCCCCUUUUGGGCCAAGCUAUCUCGGUUUUGGCUUGUGCGCCAGGUCCUUCGAGGCGACAUUCACAACACCCAGAGGGCCCUGCACGAGAAAUAUGGACCUAUUGUGCGCAUGGCUCCCGACGAAGUCUCCAUUUCCGACCCGGCGGCACUCAAGGUGAUUUAUGCUGUUAAUGCCGGCUUCACAAAGACCGAGUUUUAUACUCCCUUUGCUCCGCACUUAUCUCCACACGAAGAUCUAUUCACCCAGCGGGAUGAAAAGAUCCAUGCCCAACGCCGCCGAUUCGUCAACAAUCUAUAUUCACUGAGUAGUAUCUUGGAGUCAGAGUCAUACGUCGAUGCUUGCAUCAUGACUUUCAAGGCUCGGCUUGACGAGUUUGUGGCUCAGAGCGAUCCCUUUGACUUGGGGCUGUGGCUUCAAAUGUUUGCCUUUGAUGUCAUCGGCGAAUUGUUCUACGGAAAGCAGUUUGGAUUCAUGGAAGACCGUCAUGACUAUCAAGGCUACAUCGAGACGUUGGAUACACUCCUCCCAGCAGUAGCUACUUCCUGCGUCCUCCCCUUUUACUUGCGUCCCCUCCAGGUCUUGGGCCACUUGAUUCCGCCACUCCACAAGGCUCUGAAGGGCUACGAUGAUAUAGUGGUUGCUGCAAAGGAGACAGUGGCUCGCCGUCAACGCCAGGUCGAUAAGGGUACUGUCGAAAGGCUAGUACAGAACCGACCACGCUUGAAGAAAUAUGUUUUAGCUGACCCUAGAAUUAGAUCCGACCUUUUGGAUAAGCUAUUUAAUAUUGCAGCUUCAAAAGGCGACUUUACUCUGGCCGACGUUGCAACUGAGGCGUGGGUGUCACUAUUUGCAGGCUCGGACACGACUGCGAUCGCAAUGCGUGCUAUUCUGUUUAACAUAAUCAGAAACCCCAAUGUAUAUGAGAGGUUGUUGGCAGAGAUUGACCAGGCUUCCGCCCAGGGACUAUUAAGCAACCCUGCCAAGUACUCCGAGGCUAUCAAGCUACCUUACUUCAUCGCUUGCUGCAAAGAAGGAUUUCGCGUCCACCCAAGCGUUGGUAUGUCCAUGCCUCGCCAUGUUCCACCCGCUGGAGUCAACAUCGCCGGGCGGUACUUUCCAGGCGGCAGUCGUGUUGGCAUGAGUGCGCACGUCGUACACUUUGACAAGGGCAUUUUUGGCCAGGAUGCCGACUGCUACAACCCUGACCGAUGGCUGCAGCCAGGUGCAGAGGUAAUGGAGCGUUACCUGAUGCAUUUCGGUGCUGGACCUCGCACCUGCGUAGGCAAGAAUGUACUUCCAACCUACGAAUAUUGUUGA